CCCUCUUCAUGGGAGUGUUUUCUCCACAAGCAACCCUGCAAUCAUCUAGCUAGCUCCAUAUUUCCAUUGAUCUAUAUAGCAAAUACUUUUCCAUGGCUUCCCUUGAUGUCAUUGUUGCUGUCCCUAAGAAUGAUCAAAACCAACAAACUUUCCAAGAAUCUGGGGAGAGCAACUUUGACUACUCUGAAAGGGCACAGUGGCUGAGAGCUGCUUUGCUGGGAGCCAAUGAUGGGUUGGUGUCAAUUGCAUCACUAAUGAUGGGUGUUGGAGCUGUCAAGGAAGAUGUUAAAGCCAUGAUCCUCACUGGCUUUGCAGGGCUGGUGGCUGGGGCUUGUAGCAUGGCAAUAGGAGAGUUUGUCUCUGUGUAUUCCCAGCUGGACAUAGAGGUGGCUCAAAUGGAGAGAGAGAAGGCGACAAGAGAGAACAACAGAGGGGAUGGAGAAGAGGAGGGUGAGAAAGAACAACUCCCAAAUCCGGUGCAAGCAGCCAUGGCAUCGGCCCUCGCCUUCGGGGUGGGGGCAGUGGUGCCACUGCUUGCAGCUGCAUUUGUUGGAGACCAUAGGGUGAGGAUGGGGGUGGUGGUGGCUGCUGUGAGCUUGGCACUGGUGGUGUUUGGAUGUGUUGGGGCAGUGCUGGGGAAGAUCCCUGUGGUGAGGUCCUCGUUUAGGGUGGUGGCUGGAGGGUGGAUGGCCAUGGCCAUCACUUUUGGACUGACCAAGUUAAUUGGCUCUACUGGAUUGCAACUGUGAUGGUCUCUACUCAUGUUCAUGCUUUGUUUUUCGAAUUCCAUGCCUUUAUGUGAGAAGUUUGCCUAAAUAAACCAAGUGUUUGUUUGGCAUUGUUGUAGAACUUUUAUUAAUAAACUAAGGGUCUUUGGUAUUGUUACAAA